CGGAAAAAAAUAAAAUACUACCAACAGAAAUGGAGAUGAGUUGCUGUGUGUGGAUGAGGCGAAUCAUGGUGGGAACGAACUCUCUGCUUCUUCUCUCAAAGAGGCCUCCAGUGACCAUUUCCUUCUCUACUUCUACUAUAAUUCCAUCCAGGUCCUUCCUUUCUUCCAGAAAAUUACUCUCACUAUCAUUCUCUCUCAGCCUCGACUCUUCCCACCGUCGCUGGCUUUCAACCACCGCUCGUUCCUCACCACUGCCUCCCGUCUCAGCCGUAGAUGAUCUCAAUUGCUCCCCUACAGGAGGUGGUGACAAGACUGGAGUACCAAAAAAGGGCUCAAAGGUGCUUCUGAAGGGAAUGAGAUAUGCUGAAUUUGAAAAUUGGGUUCUGUCAAGCGGUUACCGGCCUGCUCAGGCUUUAAUGUUAUGGAAGCGCCUUUAUGGAAAUAAUAGUGAUAAUAUUUGGGCACAUUGCACUGAUGAACUGGAAGGUUUAAACAAAGAUUUCAAGAAAAUGUUGAGUGAACGUGCUGAAUUCAGAGCAUUGUCAUUGAAAGAUAUUAUCACAGCGUCUGAUGGCACGAAGAAGAUUUUGUUCACAUUGGAAGAUGGACUUGUAAUAGAAACGGUUUUAAUACCUUGUCCUAGGGGAAGGACUACUGUUUGCGUUUCAAGUCAAGUGGGAUGUGCUUUGAAUUGUCAGUUUUGCUUCACUGGCAGAAUGGGUUUAAGAAGAAAUUUAACUGCAGCUGAGAUAGUAGAUCAGGCUGUAUUUGCGCGGCGUCUCUUCUCAAGUGAAGUUGGCUCCAUUACCAAUGUUGUAUUCAUGGGGAUGGGAGAACCACUUCACAACAUUGAAAAUGUCAUAAAAGCUGUAGACAUAUUGGUACAUGAGCAAGGUCUGCAUUUUAGUCCACGCAAAGUUACUGUUUCAACUAGUGGGCUUGUCCCCCAGAUGAAACGUUUCCUCCAUGAAUCUAAUUGUGCUUUGGCAGUUAGCUUAAAUGCAACAACUGAUGAGGUCAGAAACUGGAUCAUGCCAAUUAAUCGGAAGUAUAAAUUAAGUUUGCUUCUUGACACACUUCGGGAGGAACUUCGCACCAGAAGUAACUACAAAGUUCUGUUUGAAUAUGUAAUGCUAGCAGGAAUUAAUGACAGCGUUGAGGAUGCAAAGAGGCUCAUUGAUCUCAUCCAGGGUAUACCAUGCAAGAUCAACCUCAUCUCAUUCAACCCUCACUCUGGGUCCCAGUUUAAACCAACCAGGGAGGAGGAGAUGAUUGAAUUUCGAAAUUUUCUCGCUGCAGCAGGGUGUGUUGUUUUCCUGCGACUCAGUAGAGGGGAUGAUCAGAUGGCUGCCUGCGGCCAGCUUGGCAAACCUGGUGAAAUCCGGGCUCCUUUGCUCCGUGUUCCAGCUGAAUUCCAAGCGGCAUUAGGAGCUGCAAUUUGACUGCCAAUCAUACAGGCAGAUUACUUGUCAAAGUGGUUAGACAUCUCAUCCUUCCAUCGGAGAUGAUACGAAGCAUAAUCAUGAGAAUUGAAUGGCUGCAGGGAUUAUUUUUCCUCUGGGCUGUCAGGGUAGUGCAUUAUUCUUGGUUAAAAUUUUCUUUUGUAUUCGAAUACACAGAAGUUUAUUCAAAUUCUUGGCCUAUCCCAUUAUUUAGAUAUGUGGUAUUGCUGUCUGUUGGAAAUUUGGCAGCCAUGAUAGGAAUGAAGCCAGACUAUGGCCAACAUGGGUAACAUCAUACCCACAAAAGGCCAAUAUUAUGAGGUCGAAUGAUACUUAUUUAUUCCAAAUUAGGAAAUGAAUAUACUAUAAUUAUGGUUUGAA